AUGAUACUCGUCUUUAUUUUCCUCAGUGCCUUAAAUUUUGUUUUCUCAGAGACCCCAGAUGUUGAGUGUGUCAUUGAUAUUCAAGCCUCUUCAUCUUGGCGUAACUCAAGUUGUGAGGCAGGAAAUUGGGGUGGAUUUAUCAGUAAUUGUUGUGAAGUAGUUUUUGAUGACUACCUGUAUGCCUUGGGACAGAGGGCCAACCAGACCGGGAAGCUCUUCUUGAAUUCCACAGAGCAGACAAACUGCUUAGUCCUAAUGAAGGGUAUUAAGGAGGAUGUUUUGAGUUGUGGCAUCGAGAAGCUAACAAGUGGAGCCGGCGGUUGCUCUGACUAUACUAAACUAGAUGUUUUUAAUAAUUUACGGAACACAAUGGAAAGUUUAGAAGAAGACUGUAAGCUUUUGGGCACAGCCGAAAAAUCUGAUCAGGUUUGCAGUGCAUGCUUGAAAAGGUGGGAAGAGAUUGUUGCAUCAUCAGACAAUAAGAGGGGUUCAUCGAAGGUUGAAGCCAAUAUCUGUGGUUUUGCUGUUUUGGUAUCCUUAACAAGCAAGAGGAUUGAUGAUAAGGAUUUUGUUCAGGCACUUUAUGAAUGCCUUGGGGGUCAGAGACUUUCAGCAGAUGAACAGCGAAGCUCGGGGACUAAUGCUAUAAACUUGAGCACAGGUAUAUGGAUUGUAUCUGGUGGUCUAGGAGGAAUUGCAGCAAUGAUACUCAUUGCCACAUGGACCUUAUGUAGAAAACGGCCUCAUAAGAGUGUUUCAGCUGAGAAAUAUGCAUCAAACGAUUCACUGUCUGAAGAACCUGGCAACUUUAAAAUAUCAAUCAAGGAAAUUUAUGCAGCGACCGACAAUCUAAGUGCAGUCAAUUUCAUUGGCCAAGGCGGAGCUGGAAAGGUAUAUAAAGGCAUAUUCUUGAAUGGGAAGCAUGUUGCAGUCAAGCACAUAAUCAAUGAUGGCUCUGUAGAGACAUUCAUCAGAGAAGUAACAAGCCUUUCCGAUGUUAGACAUCCGAACCUUGUAGCUUUGCUUGGCUAUUGUGAAGAUGUAGAAGAAUGUUUCCUGUGCAAGAGGCCUUUGGUUUCUGCACACUUAUCCGGAUGGCUGCAUUGUUCACCGCGAUAUCAAGGUAGGCCUAUAUUAUCUGCACUAUCUUCUGUUUUUGCCCCCUCUGUUGCUGUUUGUUUGCCGCUCAUUUCUUCAAACAAUUUUUCUUGUCCCAAUUGGCAGCCAACAAACAUUCUCAUCGACAACAACUUUCAAGCCAAACUGUCAGACUUCGGGUUAUCUAAAGUUAUGGACUUGGGCCAGUCCUAUGUGAGCUCAGAAGUGAGAGGGACAUUUGGUUAUGUCGAUCCUGAGUACAGACGGAACCACCACGUAAAUGCUUCAGGAGAUGUCUACAGUUUUGGAAUAGUUCUUCUACAACUUAUCUCGGGGCGCAGGGUUAUCAAUCUGAACUCACAAAAACCAAUGCCACUUAGUAAAAUGGCCAGGGCCCUCACAAAAGGCGGUGAUGUAACAGAAUUUGCAGAUCCUAAGCUUAACGGGGAGUACUCGGUUGUAGCCUUCGACCUUGUGUUCAACCUAGCUUUGUCAUGCACAGGACUAAAGCAGCAAAGGCCAGGCAUGGAGCAAGUGGUCUCAAAACUGGAAAAGGCACUAGAUAUCUCAACCCAAAUGGAGCCAAUUUCUUUGACCGCACCAAUCAAGACUUGAAAUUGAAGAAAGCAUAGCAGAAAGUUUUUGUAUAUUGAAACAAUCAUGGAUGAUUUUCAUCUUAGAAAAUGUAUCAUACCAUUAAUUAUUACUGAUUUCAUGUGGAAAAGGAA